AUGCAUAGCUUGACAAACAGAGGAUACGAAAGAUGGCUGAAUGCAACCAUGAACUUCUUUGGUUUCAACAUUGGCCCCUGGAAGCUCUGGAAAAAGAAGUCCUUCUGGAUUUCCUUUAAUGCUGCAGUUUCUGGUAUCGAGACUGAGAAACUGUCAGAACUAUAUGGGGAACAGCUAGAGAAGUUUGCUGUUGUAUCUAUGUCUACAAAUGGUCAAGCUAUACUGCCACCAGUUACCGGGGGAGGUGUCAACCACAGGAAGUUUGGCUGCAGCAUUAGAGACGAAGAGGAACUUACGAGAUUUUAUUAUAGAAUUGUCUCCCAUAAUAUGCCGGAUCUUGCCAGUUGGCCCUUACCUGAUCUGCAGCAUGAAACAUAA